AUGGCGACGGCGAUCGGGAAUGAAAACAAUGCGUCCCCUUCGGCACCAUCCGAGACGCAUUGGAUUGACCCCGGCCAGGGCAGCAAUGCGAACAACAAUGAUGAAGGCCGACCAGCGAAACGGCGCAAGACGCGUUUAGCGUCCGUUGCGAUUCAGUUCGCCCCGUAUGUCUGCGGUGCAUGUGCCCGGCGACGAUUGGGUCCCGAGCAGUGCGUUUACAUAGACCCUUCAAGUGUGCACAAUGAUAUAGACCCUCAGUAUGUCAAAUCGCUCGAGGAGCGAAUUGGAGAGCUGGAACGGGCAAGAGCGGUAUCCGUAUCGGUCUCGACGCCGGCAACGCAUCAGCCUGGUCAGCAGACCUCUUUCUGUUCCCCCGGUAGCUCUGGAAACAAUGCCACUACCAGCAGGAACUGCCUGCCACCGGUCUCGCCUAACGAGCGACACCUCGCGGCGUCCCAGCUGAUCCACAUGCAGAGGCUGGGCAGGAGCGACGCGUCGGACCAGUCCAACCAGGGAUCCGCUGGUGAUGGGGAAACGGAGGAAAACCCUGCUGCUGGGAGUGCCAUGGGUGCUACCGAGAUGACUCGAGCCGAGCCCGGCCGUACCGUUUUUCUAGGGCGUUCCAGCGCUGCCGCCUUCAUGCGCGAGGUGCAGGAGUCUACGCGCAGACACCGCCGACUGUCGGGAAAUGAGCGCGACGAUGGACUUAGUCCAAUGUCUGACGGCGGCACCACGGCUUCGCGCAGAACGGCCGUCCGUCGGAGGGGUAAAAGGGAGCGCGAGGAACUUGCAGCUCUGUGGAACGACAUCAUCCUUCCGCCAAGGCGAGUUGCAGACGCACACCUCAGCAAAUACUGGGAGUCGGUCCACCCUCUUUUCCCCGUUCUCCACAAAGACUCGUUUGUGAAAUGGUACGAGAGCACAUGGAAUCAUGAUGCUUCCGACGAGGCAAAGGAACAUGAAACGGUGCACACGGUCAGGGCUGCCCAUGCACGGCUGAACAUUGUCCUCGCUCUUGGCUGCAGCCUUGCGUCUUCUGAGGAGCCGAGUAACACAGCCAAGAAGAGCGCAACCGUUUUCUAUGAACGCUCGCGCAGCCUACUACGCGACGCCGACAUGGAUCAUGGAUGCUCUAUGCAGCUCGUUCAGGCACACAUCCUCACGGCCCAGUACCUACAAGCCACGGACCAGGUCAACAGCUUUUGGCUUGCCAUCGGGACGGCGAUCAGGGCCGCACAGGGUAUCGGCGUUAACGAGGACAGCCCCGCCGACAGCCAGGUUGAGAGGGAGGAGCGCCAUCGGACUUGGUGGGGGUGCAUUCUUAUGGACCGUGUCGCUUGCAUGGUUCUUGGCCGGCCGACAAUGGUGUCAUGGCGCACCGUGGUCCCGAAACCUAAGCCUGCAGACGAUGGUGCAUUAUCCUCCAAGCCGGGCAGCUGCCUCACAGAGAUUGCGGUAGGUCCGAGAUCCCAGACGUACUUCUUUGUCGAGACCCUGAACCUGGCGGACAUUAUGGUCACUGUUCUCGAACACUUUUACGCCCCGUCACCCGAAUCCCGGAACGCAGGACCCGAAGGCGUCAACAUCCCGGAUCUUCAAAAGCUUCUGGAAAUCGACAUGAGACUUGCUCGAUGGCGAAAACAGCUUCCCGCACACCUACAGUUCCCUUUUCCGACCAAGGAUUCCGAUCUUUACUCGAAUAUUUUUGCCAGGCAAGCCGUGGUUCUGCAUUGUCGCUACUUGCACCUGCGGAUAAUGCUCUUUCGACCAACCACUGUAGAGCUCUCAAAUGGACAGUUCUUCGAGGCCGAAGCGGCUGGUGCCACUACAGAUUUCCAACGGCAAGUCCUACAAGCCUGUAUCAGAUCAUCCGUUGCUGCAGCCCGCGAACUGAUUGAGCUCAUAUGGAAGGGGGUGGCCAGCGAAGAAAGGCCGCCAACGCCUCCGUGGUGGUAUUCCGUCUUCUACCUUUACACUGCAGGAACUGUCAUUCUUGCCAUUCUCCUCACACCAAACCUCCGGCUGGCAUUUUACGACUGCUGUCGGGGAAAUCGGCACGAGCAAGAGCUGCUUGAUGUUUCAUGGGCACAGUGUGUCGAAGCCUUGUCCAUUUCCAAACGAUCAGGUAGCCUGUUUGCGAAAAGAUGCCUGUGGAUUUUGCAAGCGGUUUAUGAUCAAAGGGCAACGAAUGAUAACAUGAAUGUACCAGAAGAUGCUGGUCCCGGCCGGUCUGAAGCUGUUGGUUCUCAGCCAGCCGCCGUGUCUCGACCUCACUGCCAAAGGCACGGCGUGCAGACUGCCGUUACUGGUCAAGAGCCGGAAGCCAACGUCAGCCUUGGCACCGGACUCCCAAACAAUGCUUGUUUGAUGACGGCCAGUCAGCAAUAUACGGACGAUCUCUUGCUGCAACUUUCCUGGCCAUCAGGAAACAUGGAUUGGCUCUACAAUAUGUCUCAUGGCCUCGACCACAACCCUAUAGAUCCUUUGACGGGUGCCUACAAUGAUGACAUGAUACAAGAGUAA